UGGGAGGAGAAGUAGAAAUCGCCUGCUACAAGCCGGUACAUUGCGCAAGAUGAGGAGGAAAGGCGCCCAACCCUGGGGAGGAAAUUGCAACACUGAACUUCUUAGAUGUUCCUGUGAGUAUGGAGAAGUGGUGAGUGUGUGUCGGGGAGAUGACUUCUGCUGGAAACCGAGUGUUUACACCUUCUUCACAGUGCAUUUAUGGACGGGUUAGUGCUCCUGUAAGUUUAUAAAACUCUCUCUCCAGAAACUGGGAACGAAACAGCGGCAGAAACAGCUGGAAUAUCAGAGACAUGGCUGUGGGAUUUAUUGCUCUGUUGACUUUGGCUUGGACCUUCAGUGUUGGUGCAGCAUCACAGAAUGAAACUGCAGGUGCAGGUGUAUGUAUAGACUACGGAAUAACAUUUGAGCAUGUGUUUGCAGUCCCAAAUGAGGCGGCAUUAUUAGACUGUGAAUUUGUGAAGUACUUUUUAGAUUUUUCAAACACCCCCUACAAUGUGACAUGGUACGACCAGAGAACUGGCCUGGAGUUCACAGGAGAAGAGAACCAUAUUGUACUACAUGGAGCUUCGCUGUUGUUCCUCAACAUCAGCAUGGAACACCAGGGCCACUACUUAUGCCUCGUCAGAACUCCAGAGCAGUGCUACAAGCAGGUAAGGGUUGUUGUGGUAGAAGAGGCAAGGUUUGGAACAUGUCGCCAUCCUCAGGCAGCAGUGCAGCGAGUACAGAAUCGCGUGAACGACAACCUGCGGUGUCCUUUAACUGACUACAUCAGCAUAGUGAACAGCUACUCCAUACGCUGGUACAAGGGCUGUGAGCUUCUUCAGGAAGGGUCUAAGUUCAACUUCGCUAAGAAUAACCUCCUUCUCCACAUCCAUAGCGUUUCUCCCAAUGAUACUGGCAUUUAUACCUGCAGGAUGACCUUUAACCUCACUGGAGUCAUCAGUGUCGUUGCACAGAGCAUCGAGUGUGAGGUUUUCGAGAUCAGAUCAAAAAGACCUCAAGUGCUGGCGCCCACUUAUGAAUCUAUGAAAGUAUCUGUAGGUUCUCCCAUUAACAAGACAUGUCGUGUGUUUGUACCUGGCAAGGGAGAUUAUAUGCCAAUAGUAAUCUGGGAUUUUAAUGGCAAUGACAUCUCCCUAAACACCUCUGAACGCAUCCACCAGGGACCUCAAAAUGACCUCCAGGUGGCUGAGGGUUUGUGGGUGGAGCGCAGCUUGUUGGUGUCUCAGGUACUGCCAGGUGAUUUGAACCUGAACUUCACCUGCAUGGCCAUGAACCACAGAGGAGUUGCCACUGGCUACUUUACACUCCAGCCUGCAGAUCCUAAUCUGCUGAUGCCAAUUGGACUCCUGGCCACCACACUGGCUCUUCUUUUCAUCGUGGGACUUCUCCUGUACAGAGUGUUUAAAGUGGAACUUGCUCUGCUCUUCCGUACCCUGUUUCCUUUCUUUUAUACAAGCACAGAUGGUGAUGGGAAACUGUAUGAUGCCUAUGUUGUGUAUCCCCAAGUUCAAGGGGACACAUUGAGUGAAGCGGUUGAGGCUUUUGCUGUGAAGACACUGCCACAGGUUCUGGAGGGAUGCUAUGGGUACCGGCUCUUCAUCCUGGGUCAGGACAGUCUACCUGGACAAGCUAUGGUAGAUAUGGUGGAGGAGACGAUGAAUGUCUGUCGUCGAAUGUUGCUGCUAUACACCAGCUCGUCUCUGAGCAGGGCAGAGGGUUCAUCAUGGUUCGAGCAGCAGGCAGGCCUCCAUCGCGCCUUACUGGAUGACUCGCUGUCGGUUUUGCUGCUGGAGAUGGAGCAGCUCAGCAAUCCUUCCAUCCUCCCUGAGUCACUGCGUCUCCUGCGGGAUAAGCAGGGGGCUCUGCAGGCCUGGAAGAAGCGGAAGAGGUGGACGUGCACAAGGAUGGAGGAAGGUGGAGAGGAUGAGAUAUCACUCCCUUCGUUUACUUUGUCUGCUCGUUUCUGGAGGAAAGUGCGCUACCACAUGCCAGUGAAAGGCAAAGCCAAGCAUCACUUGAAGAGAAAAUUGCUCCUGAACUUGUGAAUUGGGAUUUGACUC